AUGGGAAGAUCACCACAAUUGAUCAUAAUAUUCCUUAGCGUAUUUCUUAUGAUUUCAGCAUCAGCCAAUGAAUUUGUUAAAUCCGUGUUCGUGUUUGGUGACUCCCUUUUUGAUCCAGGUAACAAUCCUUUUGUCAAGAACUGUACUGCUCAAGCAAAUUUUCCACCAUACGGUUCAAAUUUCUUUGGCCAACCCACUGGACGCUUCACCAAUGGUCGAACUGUCGCAGAUUUUAUUGCACAAUUUUUGGGGAUUGAGCUCCAAAAACCAUUCCAAGAGGUAUAUCAAGAGUUCACAAACGGCAGUCGGAAAGAUUUUCCGGCCAAUGGAAUCAACUUCGCCAGCGGUGGAAGUGGAGUUUUGCCGUAUACAAACAAGAAUGUAGGGGUAACACCAAUCCAAGUACAACUACAGCAACUCCAAACCCUAAUUGAUGAAAACCGCUUACACAAAACCCUAAUUUCAAACUCUCUAUUCUUCCUCGAAUCAGGUUCUAAUGACAUUUUUAAUUAUUUCAUGUCACCUCACACAAUAAGUUCAAAAGCAUAUAUAGACAACAUGUUGAAAGAAGUUUCCCACUUCAUUGACAAAAUAUAUGAGGUUGGAGCUCGUAGGAUCGCCAUUUUCUCAGUAGGCCCCAUGGGGUGUAUUCCUGCUAAAGUUCUUCUACCAGAUGCACAUAUUGACCAAUGUUUAGAUAAGAUAAACAACAUUGUGAAAGACUAUAAUAAGGGAUUGGAAGAUAUGGUAAACGAUAUACCUAGAAACUAUCGUGAUGCAAUUAGUGUUUAUGGACUAGUGUAUAACAUUACACAAGAUAUACGUGCUAACCCUGGAUCUUAUGGUUUUGUCAAUGUAUAUAAGGCGUGUUGUGGGGGCGGGCCUCUAAACGGAAUAUUGCAAUGUGGGACCGACGGUUAUGAUAAAUGUUCAAAUCCUGAUGACUUCUUUUUUUGGGAUUAUUUUCAUCCUUCAGAACAUACUUAUAAGCUCAUGUCCGAGUCCCUUUGGAAUGGAGGUAAUAAUCAAAUCAGACCAAUGAAUCUGAAGAGUUUGGCCAAUAUCAACUUGUCAUUAACUUAG